AUGGGUCCACCAGAUUUUCGAGGAGGUCGUGGCGGCGGUUUUGGAGGCCGUGGAAGAGGCGGUGGUGAUCGCGGUGGUUUUCGUGGCGGUCGAGGCGGUGGUGAUCGCGGUGGUCGUGGUACACGUGGAGGUGGUGUCCGCGGUGGUGGACGUGGACGCGGUGGCGGUGGACGUGGUGGCGGCCGAGGUGGCCGUGGCGGAGGUGCAGGAGGUGGUGGAAAAAAAGUCGUUGUUGAACCCCAUCGUCAUCCAGGAGUAUUUAUCGCUCGAUCAAAAGAUGACGAUAUGUUAUUAACUAAAAAUAUGGUCGUUGGUGAAAGUGUUUAUGGAGAAAAACGUAUUAGUGCUGAUGGAGAAAAUCAGGAAAAAAUUGAAUAUCGUGUAUGGAAUCCAUUUCGUUCGAAAUUAGGUGCUGCCAUUCUCAGUGGUGUUGAUAAUAUCCAUAUGCCACCAGGUACAAAGGUUCUUUAUCUUGGUGCAGCAAGUGGUACAACUGUAUCUCAUGUAUCUGAUAUAGUCGGACCAGAGGGUCUUGUUUAUGCUGUUGAAUUUUCUCACCGUUCUGGUCGUGAUUUACUAAAUGUAGCAAAAAAACGAACAAAUAUUAUACCAAUUAUUGAAGAUGCUCGUCAUCCACAUAAAUAUCGAAUGCUUAUUGGAAUGGUUGAUACAAUAUUUGCAGAUGUUGCUCAACCAGAUCAAGCUCGUAUUGUUGCACUUAAUGCCCAUCAUUUUUUGAAAAAUGGUGGUAAUUUUGUUAUUUCAAUUAAAGCUAGUUGUAUUGAUUCAACAGCUGCACCAGAAGCUGUUUUUGCUGGUGAAGUCAAAAAACUUCAAAGUGAAAAACUUAAACCAAAAGAACAGCUUACAUUGGAACCAUACGAACGUGAUCAUGCCAUUGUUGUUGGUAGUUACCGACCUACUGGUAAAAAUAAGAUUAAAGAAGAAAAUGAUACAAAAGAAUCAAUGGAAGAUUAA